UUACACUGUUCUUCUUUCGUCGGCAACGUUGCGCAGCGCACGGCUACAGAUUUGUUAAACGCGAAUUUACCCCACAAAAACGCAUUUAAAAUGGCUUUUGGUGAUGUUAAGACCCCGCAAGGACUGAAGGAGUUGAACAACUUCUUGGCCGACAACAGCUACAUCAGCGGAUAUACUCCCAGCAAAGCCGAUCUGUCCGUGUUCGAGGCUUUGGGCAAGGCCCCUGCUGCCGACAAUGUGAACGUUGCUCGUUGGUACCGUCACAUCGCUUCCUUCGAGGCCGCUGAGCGUGCCGCCUGGGGUGGUGCUCCUCUGCCCCAGUUGGCCGGUGGCAAGCCCACAGUGGCCGCCCCUGCCAAGCCCGCUGCUGCUGAUGAUGACGAUGAUGUCGAUCUAUUCGGAUCCGACGACGAGGAGGAUGCCGAGGCCGAGCGCAUUAAGCAGGAGCGUGUUGCCGCCUAUGCCGCUAAGAAGUCCAAGAAGCCCGCCCUCAUUGCCAAGUCAUCUGUGCUCCUCGAUGUUAAGCCCUGGGAUGAUGAGACUGACAUGAAGGAGAUGGAGAAGAAUGUCCGCACCAUCGAGAUGGACGGUCUGUUGUGGGGCGCCUCCAAGCUGGUCCCUGUGGGCUAUGGCAUCAACAAGCUGCAGAUUAUGUGCGUCAUCGAAGAUGACAAGGUCUCCAUCGAUCUGCUGCAGGAGAAGAUCGAGGAGUUCGAGGACUUCGUCCAGUCCGUCGACAUUGCUGCCUUCAACAAGAUCUAAACAUCUGAGAUUUUUAUAUUGUGAAUAAACCUGAGCAAAGCGAA